AGCCGGGAAGGGCAUGAGAGUGGGGCAGGAGUCAGGAUGAAAGCAGCAGCGGUGCCCCAUGGUGGCUGACCACCUGGCCUGUGGAAGCAGGAUUCGCGUGGCUGACCCCAAACUGCUGAAGCGGGCCGGCCCGGGGUCACUGAGGGAGCCGGGCUGCGCGAGUGCCUCCCCGGACGUGCGCGCCGCUGCCCGCGUGCCUCGCGCCACUGCCCUUGGAUAGCAGUUGCUCACUCGGAUGCAGCGGGACGGUAGUGGUCUCCCCAGCAGGAGCCGGGUGGCAUCCCCCUGUCCCAGCGCAGCCCUCGCUGAACAGAACCAGGUGGCCACGCUACCGGUACGGCUGCUCAGGGACGAUUCGGCAGCUUCGCAGAACAACUUCCCCGUGGAGGAUGGCUUCCAGAUGAAGGUGGAUACCUACGGCUUCACUCCCGACGAGCUGCUGGUGCAAGUGGACGGCCAAUGUCUGAUGGUGACGGGCAAGCGGCAACUGGAGGGCUGCAGCCCGGACGGGGCCGGCUACCGCGUAGCGCACAGGGUGCACCCGCAGAUGCAACUACCACCGGACCUGGAUCCAGCCGCCAUGACCUGCAGCCUGACUCCCUCGGGCCAGCUGUGCGUCCGAGGCCAGUGCCGGGCGCUGCCUCCCCCUGAAGCCCAAACAGGACCAUCCCUGAGACUCCGGGGCCGUGGCUCUAAUAACGGUCAACCUAGCCUGACCCGAUAAAACAACCCUGGUGUGCAGCAGCA